AUGGACAUCCAGGAACAUAAGAAGCGGCGUUGUAUGGGGAAAAGGAACCUAAUAUUUACCGAAAAAAUUUGCGAAGUUACAAAAGAUACACCAUUGUCUCAUUAUCACAAUCGAUUGUUGUAUGAAUUCUCUAAAUUUGGAGAGUGUGAAAUACUCAAAAAACCUCCAUGUUGCCGUACAAUAUGCUUGAGUUGCUUUCGUUCACAUAGUGUUACUGAGAAAAUCAUUCGGAUUAAAAAGAGGAUUGCUCGUCGUCGCUCAUCAUUUCAAAUUGAUCAAGUAUUUAUUUGCAAACUGUGUGGUGCGAAAGAAUUGUCUCGUGGAUUUGUACCUAAAGAAUAUAAGUGCCCAGUGAGCAAGCCAAAUAAUUUACAAGAAACUCCUGUUACACAAACACGGAAAAAAAUAAAGAAACAAAAGAAAAAGUCUAAAAUGAAUAUUGUUAAGAUGGAGACUGUUCAAACGACGACGACUGUUAAAACUAAGCCAACGUCAUCUGUUAAUACAUUUGCAAAGUUUAUGUCAUCCUUAUGUUAA